UUACCGAAUCGGAAAUAAACCGGUAUCUUCCGGCUGGAUUUUGUUGGUGCCAUAAGGUAAGUCAAUUAGUUUUAAUAAACAAGCUUAGUACGACUGCUCCAACUCAACCACCAUCGAUAAACCAUUCACAAAAUGGUAAAUUAAUGUUGUUUACUUACGUCAUCGUGCACAUGAAUUUUGUUGGUGUCAUAAAGUACGGAACGAUUAACUUUAUCCAAAAGACUGGAUGUGACUCCCCUAACUCUGCUACCAUUCCCUGACCACUUCUGGUCAUUCACAAAACAGUUAAUUAUUAAUUUAAUUAAUUGCAUUACUAUAAUUGAAUUAUAAUUAAAUUAUUAAGUUAUAAUUAAUUAAUAGGAACACAAGACUGUACCAGGGCUCAAAGAUUUUGAGACGGAAUUUCUUGAGAAUCAGUGGGAAUUUUUGGCCCAAAAUUGAGGAUUUAUACUAAGCGAGUAUACUGCGCAAGGGGAUGGCACGCGAUAUCUGUUGGCGAAUAAUGGCUUAAUUGCACGCGAAUGAACGAACUCACUGCAAUUGGCCGUGGUAUGUAUAUGCUUUACCGGAAAUACGAGGCUCGCCACGAACAUCCGCCGAAGAUGCAACACCCUGGGCGGUACUAAACCUAUCGAAGCAUCAAUAUUCUACCUAACAAUGUGCACAUUUCGCGAUGCAUCGUGCAUACGUGCACUGGCGUGUGUAAAAUCGCAGAGAGAAGCUAUUGAACGCGUGAAGCAGCUGGCGACUUUCUAAAGUCCCCCCCGGGGAUCCUCUGUAUCCCUACGGUGACUUUGCAUGUUGCAAUCGGCCGAGAGAAGCGGCGGGAAGCACUUUUACUGAUUUUUCACCACCGCGUGUCUGAAUGUUAUAUCACAAACCACGCGAGCGCGGGAGAUGGCGGUCAGUGUCUUGAGAUAUCUCAUGUUCGUCCUCUUUGCUGCGUUGCAGUAUCAUUAUGUGAGUGCGGAGACAAAAACGUUCAAGGAUCUGUUUAACAGUACAUCCUGUGCGAAACCACCCUUUGAAUGCCCACAUCCACAGAUCGAAUUUUAUUUGUACACAAGAGAAACACAAAAGAAGCCUCUACGCAUUAACGUGCGAAGGUUCGAGUCACUUCAGUACUCCAAAUUCAAUAAGUCACAUCCCACGAAAAUCAUUAUCCACGGUUUUGGUGGAGGGAGGAAUUUAAUACCCAGCCCGGAUCUUCGAAGAGCGUAUUUCACGCGAGGCGAUUACAAUAUUAUAAUCGUCGAUUACGGUUCGUUGGUGCGCGAGCCUUGUCUGUCGCAAAUACAAUGGGGUCCAGAUUUCUGUUCACGAUGUAUUGCUCAAUUGGUAAGGUACUUGAGGGAUCAUCCUCGUGGAACGAGGGUGGAGAAUAUACACGUGCUCGGAUACAGCGUGGGUGCGCAUAUAGCUGGUCUGAUUGCGAAUUAUUUGCCCGAUGACAAGCUUGGAAGGAUUACAGGACUCGAUCCAACGAUAUUUUUCUACAUGAAUGGGAACCGGUCGAUGGAUUUAGACGAAACGGACGCGCAUUUCGUCGAUGUGAUCCACACUGGUGCCGGGAUUUUGGGUCAAUGGGGACCGACCGGGCACGCAGAUUUCUAUGUGAACGGAGGUUCCAGCCAGCCCGGAUGCGCGACAACUUCCUUGCUCCAGACGUUGUCGUGCGACCACACAAAAGUGACGCCUUAUUACAUAGAAUCAAUCACGACGAAAGUAGGAUUCUGGGCAGCGCCGUGUGGAAAUCUCUUUUCCUACCUGAUCGGCUGGUGCAAUCCGAAACUCGAAGAGCACAUACUCAUGGGAGAAGACGCCCCACAUACAGCACGAGGCAUCUACUAUCUGUCAACAAACGCACACAAACCAUACGCCCGAGGCCUUCCCGUAAAAAGCCAACGAACGACAAAUCGGAAACGAUCGUCCUCCCGCCAGUACUAAGCUUACUGAAGCAGUUAAUCAACAUAAUUAUAGAAUAAUUAUAGUAUACGCGGUUAUUAGUUGUAUGUACUGUAUGCUGUGUUAUGUUUGCCUCUGUUGUUUCUUUGUAUAUUUUUUAAUUAGUUUUUACGCAAUAAACUAUUUUGCUACGUAACCUACCAUCAACCGCCGCAUACCAUUGCUAGUUUGCCGAUUAAUGUAUUUAUUCCACUGGAUUCUAUUGUUAUGGUGUUCCAAGAAUUAUCGCUUUUUCCGAUUCUGUCAAUUUUAUGGAAUCGUCCGGCGUUUAGUGAUCGUACGAUCCUCGGUUUUCGUUAUUAUAAUAUAUGUAAAUCUAUUCUUUACCGUCACGGCUCAUCGUUUUUCUAUCUGUGAUGAAUAUGAAUGUAAAUUAUAAUUAGAAACAAACAAAUUAUUAUAUUAGCGAAAUAGACGAAUUGAGAACCAAGCUAUCCUUUCGAAUGAUUUUGGAGUCUAAUCAGGAUAAAAUAAAUCUUAAACUUAAAACGGAAGGAAAAAAUAGUCUUGAGAUGAGUUAUUGAAAACAAAAAUUGCUAUAUCUUCCUAACACAUAGGCGUACGAUUUUGUAAGUAUCGUGGUUCCUACGCGAAACCUAUGAAAAUACGUGUAGUAUAUCGAAAUGAUGUUCGGGAAAAAGAGAACGAUCGAUCAUUACGAAUUUUAUGUUAACAACAAUAUUUAUUACAUAAUAAUUAUGAUAUAUAUAUAUUUAUAUAUAUAUAUAAUAAUAAUAAUAACGUCUAUGGAUUUACAGUACACUGUCGCGCUAAACCUUAGUUAUGUAUAAUAUGCAAUGGAAUGAUUACAAGUUGUUAAUACAUCCACGUUUCAAGCUUUCGAGGCAUUCAGGGCUUCGUUUGUUUUUUUCAGAUUGGCUCGAAUGCGGUGUAAAGGGAACCGUGUCCCUUCGUCUGCUUCACAUUUCGCUCUUCCUCGCUCUCUUUCUCUCCCGCUCUCUCUCUCUCUCUCUCUCUCUCACUCUCGUUUUCUCGGCGGGACCGAUGCUCGGGUUUGAUCGAGAGUAAAAGAUCGAUCACGAUCUAUUGUCGAUAUUUAAUUCGUUCUCACGGGCAUCGUCCCAAAACGUAGGACUUUAAAUUUCGUGUAUAUAUAUAUAUUUUUUUUUUAUAUAUAGAUCUUUAUCCGUAUAGAUCAUAGAGUUAAGAAUAAAUUCUCUACACCUCUUACAGUGGACAACGUAGGAUCUACGAUAAAAAAUGGACAGUUUCGGUUGUUCGAUGGGUAUAUGACAAAACAGAAAUCAAUUUCUAGCGCGGAGUCUUUUUCUUCCGGGAGCCAGAACGAUGCUUCAACAACUUCAACGAGCUGUGCGUUUCACAUUUUCUUAAUAUUUUUGUUGCUUUCUAUCCUCUUAUUUUAUUUUUUAUAUUUAUUAUUUAUUUAUUUAUUUUUUUUUGGUUGCUUGCGUUAGUACUAGUAGCUAUCUUUAGCGUUAGUGUGUUUGGUAUCAGUAUGUUCGUUUUAUCGUUGUCGAUUGCUUUGGUACGUUCCAUUAUUGUUUUCAUUGAAGUUAUUUCUUGUUUAGUUUAUUUUCAUUUGGACCCUUUCGCGACGGUAACGUCUAUGUAAGAAUUUUUGUCAUCCAUUUCGGGUUCCGUGUAAAUUGUCAAGGAGUAAUUCAUACGCGUUAUAAAUACAAUUUUAUUGUAUAGCAUGAUUCAUUUACAAGGCGCGAAGCAAUUCAACCGAGAUUCGAAGUUCAAGUCUUUGGAAAGCGAUCAUUUUUGCGCCGUUCGUACACUCUUUAUGUCCUUCUCUCCUUGUGGAUAUCUCUUUCACUCGAAUGUGAAUAUUAUGUUACACGAGAAACUUCGAAUCCUGCGAUAACACAUAGUUUAAUGAAUUAUUCUUCGUUGACGUCGAUUGAUAUUGUUGAAUGGAAAACAUUACGACUAUAUGGAAAGUAAUUUUUUGUUACUACCACUAAAAUGUAAUUCUCUAUCUACUGACUAUGUUUCUGAAAACCGUCCCAAAAGGGUUUAAGAAAACUCAUAUCAUUGUUACUAAAGAAAUCUACUUUUUUUUUUUGUUCUUUUACUUUUUUAUGUUUUUGUUUUUUUGGUUUUAGUGACGAAUCACGGUGAAGGAAAAAGUUUGAAAACUGAGCAAUUCAUGCAUUAUCCAAAGAGGAAUUUAAGAACAUCUAAGGAGUCUUUUUUCAAUUCUACGUGUUAAUUAUAUUCUGCUGUGGCAUCGUUCUACUCGCGAAGAAAUAAAUAUAAAAGACGAAAGUAAAAGGUAAAUCAGUAUUUUACUAUCAGACUAAAUUAAGGCUUUACAAAGAUUCAUUGUAUUUUUUUGUUUCUUCUCUCUCUUUAUUUACAUCAUUGUUUCUUUCGUGCGCUACGUGCCAUUUGGACCGACGUACACAUCUAUUUACGUCUCUUGGACAAUCCUUAUACUGCUAACAUGACAAUCGGUACGUUUGUUGAUCGGACCCGCCAUUGCGCGCGAAUUUCGAAGGAUUUGAAGAGAACAUCGCCUUAUAUUCUUAAAACUGCUCGGAAAUGACCAUGCUCGAAAGACUGGCGCGGUUUGUAUCGUUUAAGAACUUUCGAUUGAUCGUCUUUUAUGAAUAAUACGAAGAAAAUGAGCGAUCUUCGAUUAUACGUGAUUUCGAUAAAUCGCGAGUGCUACACUGAUGAUAGUUGAUGGUUGCUAGUAUGUCUUUAUCCUUGAGAUAAAACUUAUCAUCGCGAUACAGAUACUUAAGAGCUAGAAGAAAUGUGAAAGAAAAAAAUACAGACGAGUAGAUUUAUUUGUAACAAAUAGCGUAGAAAGAUCGAAGGUAGAAAUAAGAUACUUGAGAAAUAAUUAGUAGGGAACUCAACGAUUACUUGGAACUUUUAAAUGUACCGUUUUAUGAUUACUACGUAAUGUAGUUAUACAUUUGGUAAAAAAGCACAGGCAUCGAGGUCUUAGGCACAUGUAUUGUUUGCUCGUGUAUCACUGUAGAUCCAUUUCCGCCAAAUGCUUUCGAGCGUGCUCCAAUCGCUAAGCACAGUGUUGAAUUUUCUAAAAUUAUAUAUAUUCUUCAGAAAAAAAGGUUCUUUCACGAUGUAAUCAAUAUAAAUUGAUGAAUCUUUUUAGACUAAAAUACCAUUAUCAUAUUUCUACCCACUUUUUAUUUUUAAUAGAAAGCUAUCGGUUGAAGUAAAAUCCUUUAAAAAGAAACAUUUAACGUACAAGAUAUUAAAUACGUAAAUAGUAUUGUUCUUUCGUAGGAAAAACGAAUAAAAUGUCAAUGUACGCUUCUAAAGUAUAGCGUAGAAAGAACAAUUGAAUUAAAUAGAAACUUCAUUAAUUAACCAUACCUGUUGUUUUCUAACUGCUCUUUAAACUAAGGAAUUAAUAUUAAUCAAAUAAUUAGCAUAACGUCAAAUAGAAUUCCUUCGAUUGUUACUUUCAACACUGUUCGGUUCAUUAAACUCGUCGUCAACGUACACUAUCACGAGCCAGCUCAGACCAAUUGCCACUUCUCAUCGAUUCGAAUGUUUUCCGUCGUAUUUUUCUAUAUCGUCGUGUGUUCACUCGAUCUACUCAACUAAAUCACUACGCGUUGCGUGUUAUUCUUCUUUAAAUUAAUUAUUAUUAGUAUCAAUAGUAAUAUUAUUUUUACUUGUCGCACCACGACCACGAUCGACACGUUCAUUUCAGUAAUUACUCAUAGUCUAUUAUGUUAAUGAUCAUUUAUCGAUAAUCGUGCCAAUCGAUAGUUCCACUUUUUUACCUAUUAUAUUACCGAUAUACUCUUUCCUCGUUCGAUGAUUAGUUUCCCCUAUUGUGUUUCAUGUUCUCUUCAUUGUAUUUAUAUAGCAUAUCGCUUUUUUACGUCACGUCGAGAACGACGACAUCGAUCGAUUGUCAUACAUCAGUGGCGUUACACACGGAAAUCAUUUCGAAAGCAAUGAAAGGCACUAUUUAGACGUUACGUGGACACUGGUAGUGGCACCGAUAAUAGUCAUAAAACGGUACGGUAUUUCCGCCUCGGAAGAUAAUUACAGCAAGUUUGCUUUGUCGCUCGCGUGCACGUUAUUGCGUAUUUUGUCAUUCGUAGGUUUCCACGUGAUUACGAUACGCUGACCCGAACUGUACUCGAUUCGAUAAUAGUCGAACAUUUCCAGCCAAUUUCACUCUGCACUUGUCAAUGCUUUCUGUUCGAACUUAUUCAGGAUUAUCACUAUUUCAUUGAAUUAUCGAUUAGUCGGCUAAGUAUGAAUAAGAUUCAGAUCAACACAGGGUUGGUCCUCCUGGACGUGUUCUCUAAUGCAACUGCAACCUCGAUGAUGAGUUUGAUCGGAUGAAGUAGAUGAAUAUUUAUUAAAAAGAGGAGGUAGCUUCACGUAAAAAAUGGCGAGUCUGCGUAAAAGUAUUCAAAAUCCCAUUGUCAGUCACGUUCUCUGAUUUUCGCUACCAUUCCUUACAUCGUACACUGGUCGGUUGGAUAUGUAAAUAAAAAGAUAUCGAUGACUUCGAAGAAGUGAGUUAAAAAGUAACGUUGUAUUUCAAUGUUAUUUUCGUUAUAUAGAACUUAUAAUUUCAACAUUCUUCUCAACUGUCCGCGUUAUUAUUCCGUCGAGACUAUUCGAUCUGACGUUUCGUUUAACAUUUAUGUAAAAGCUAGACGAAACAAACCGAUAAGAUAUACCUUGAGAAAAAGAACGGACAACAUUCGUUCCUUGUACAUACAAGCGCUCGUCGUAGCUUCUCGAUCGAUGCCGGGUGCUCGCGGCGCUUAUUUCUCUCUUUUUUCUUUCUUUCGUUUUUUUUACAUUAAAUCCUCCUGAAUUUCCUCAUUAAAGUUCUUUCUUUUUUUAAGUACAAUGCUGCAUUAAUAACAUGACUCGAA